AUGGCGUACCGGGCGGACGACGACUACGACUACCUCUUCAAGGUGGUGCUCAUCGGCGACUCGGGGGUCGGGAAAUCCAACCUCCUCACGCGGUUCACGCGCAACGAGUUCAGCCUCGAGUCCAAGUCCACCAUCGGGGUCGAGUUCGCGACAAGGAGCAUCAGGGUCGACGACAAGGUCGUCAAGGCGCAGAUCUGGGACACCGCCGGCCAAGAGAGGUACCGUGCAAUUACAAGUGCAUAUUACAGAGGAGCUGUUGGUGCGCUUGUUGUGUAUGACGUGACACGGCAUGUGACCUUCGAGAAUGUUGAGAGGUGGCUGAAGGAGCUCAAGGACCAUACCGAUGCCAAUAUUGUGAUCAUGCUCGUUGGCAACAAAGCCGACCUGCGACACUUGCGGGCGGUCUCUGUGGAGGAUGCCAAGGCAUUUGCAGAGAGCGGGUACACAUUUUUCAUGGAAACCUCUGCCUUGGAGGCCAUGAAUGUAGAGGACGCCUUUACUGAGGUGCUAACGCAGAUUUACCGAGUGGUCAGUAAGAAAGCCCUUGACAUAGGCGACGACCCUGCUGCUCCACCACGAGGGCAGACCAUCAACGUCGGGUCAAAAGACGAUGUCUCCGCCGUAAAGAAGGCUGGAUGCUGUUCAUCUUAAUCCGUAUUGACUGUGAAAAGUGUACCAAGCCCUUGACUGCUCAUAUGCUGGGUACCUGUGGAAACAAGAGAAUGUCAUGGGCACACUUUCGGAGGCCCAUAUUUAUCCCAGGGCUAGAAAAGAUAAAACACUAACAGUAACAUUAAAUGGGCAGCCAUUUUUUGGAGGCUAUCAUGGUAUCCUGGUUGUUGCAU